CUCAGAAGCAUGGGAAAUCAGUGUGAAGUGUAGCAGUGUUAUUGUGAGAUAUUUAAUUAAUAAGACGUGAAUGUACUUGUUGUUGUAAUGGAUCCUAACCAGUUGUACUGGAGGAACCAGGGGCAGUCUUUCCUCAGUCGAGUUCAGAUCUGGCUUAAUCUGCUCGAUCCAACUGUCCUGCUCUCCUCUGAUGCUGAAAUAGAGAGGUCCCACUCUCUUCUUGGAGGUGGAGAGAAAAGGGAAAAGGAUGCUCCUGCACUGACCCUCGCUCUUUCGUCCGUCCACGCUGACUCUGGAGCUGUUCUUCCACUAGUUUUCCGCCCUCCAGCAUUAUUACCAAUAUCAGCACCUUUGGUGGUAGCCAGUUUUUUACCUCAUAACACUGUCAAACCAGCUCUGUUCUGGCAGUUUUUGCUGCAGAGUUACAGUGCUGGGUUCAACUAUGCAAAUAGAAAUUCUUCAUCAGAGCAGGGUAAGAAGACGUCUGUGAAGCAGCUCCUGUUGAUCGCAGGAACAGUGUCCUAUGCAACAUGUGCAGGGGCCCUUCCUCAAAUUUUCAUUAACCGACUCGGUGUAAGGAGUCCACCGAUCCAGACUUUCUUUAGGUCGAUAUUACCAAUCCCACUCUCAGCUGCUCUGGCCUUCUUCAAUGUCUUCACCGUGAGAAGUGAGGAGUCAGAAACAGGGAUCCGAGUGUUUGAUUCCAAUGGAAAUCCUGUCGGCAUUUCUAAAGCAGCAGGAGAAAAGGCUGUGAGAGACACUGCGUUGUCUAGAGCGGCACUGUUUGGUACGACCGCCGCUGUUCCUAAUCUGCUGGUUUUGCUUUUGAAGAGAACGAGACUUUUCCAGAGGAACUCUCUGCUGGUCGCUCCUCUCCGUCACAUAAGCGUUGCAUUUGUUCUGGGCCUGAUGAUCCCUGUGUCGUUCAGCCUCUUUCCACAGCUGGGAACGAUAAAGAAGGAGGCGUUGGAGGAGGAGCUACAGGCUGCAGCCGUUGAUGGACAGUUAUUCUAUCACAGAGGACUCUGAGGAGCAGUCACACACAGGAGAUACAAAAUGAACUGAGAUCCAAUUACAGUGCUGGAU